GCCACGUAACAGCGCAUGCGCAUCACCCUGCAACCCGUUCGGCGACGUGUACCCGGUGUGUGGAAGUGUUCAGACAUCUCACCUCUGCCGGGCAACAAGCUGUUAUUAAACCCUAAGAAGCCUUACAAGAGGAGAGACAUGGGAGGCGCACAGAGUGUGGAGAUACCGGGCGGAGGCUCCGAGGGCUACCACGUCCUCCGGGUUCAGGAGAACUCACCUGGACACCGUGCAGGACUGGAGCCUUUCUUUGACUUUAUUGUCUCCAUCAACAACACCAGACUGAACAAGGACAACGACAACUUGAAAGACCUGCUGAAAGCCAGUGUGGAGAAACCAGUAAAGAUGCUGGUUUACUCCUCCAAGACUCUGGAGCUGCGGGAGUCCACAGUCACCCCCAGUAACCUGUGGGGGGGUCAGGGCUUGCUUGGUGUCUCCAUUCGUUUCUGCAGCUUUGAGGGAGCCAAUGAGAAUGUUUGGCAUGUGCUGGAAGUGGAGCCAAAUUCCCCAGCUGCUCUGGCCGGCUUGCGGCCGCACACGGACUACAUCAUUGGAGCGGACACUGUUAUGAAUGAGUCAGAAGAUCUGUUCUCUCUGAUAGAGAGCCAUGAGGGGAAAGGCCUGAAGCUCUAUGUGUACAACACAGACACAGAUAACUGCAGAGAGGUGAUCAUCACACCCAACGGUGCCUGGGGAGGAGAGGGCAGCCUUGGAUGUGGGAUUGGUUACGGAUACCUUCACAGGAUUCCCACCAGGCCUUUUGAGGAGGGCAAGAAGUUCAGCUUCCCCGGAAACUCUCCCAGUGAGCCCCUCAGUCCGCUGAAAGAUGGAUUCACUGAGGUCCAGCUCUCAGCAGUGACUCCUCCUCCUUCUGCACCUGCGGUCUCCACUGGCCUUGAGGAUUCACUGUCAGGCCUGUCAAUCAGCACAGCCCCGCCCACCAUGCCCAGUGAGCUGCAGACGGGUUUGCCCACAGUCCCUCUGCUCCCCUCCUCAAGCGGCCCCUCCCCCAGCCCACUCAUUCCACUGAAUCCUGCCACAACCGCCUUCAACCCCUCCACUACGCUACCAGGACUGAUGCCCUUCCCAGCCGGUUUACCUCCGCUCCCUAACUUGCCCAACCUCAACCUGCCCCUCCCAGACCUCAGUGCUGUGUCACUACCAGGCAGCAGCACCUUACCACCACAUUUAGGAGUCUCCUCUCUGGCAGCCCUCCCACCCCUCAACAUCCCCGGUCUGGCCCCAUUACCCCCUCUACCCACAAUGCUGCCCUCCCAGCUGCCCCCUCUCCUCCCUCAGGGGAUGGCCCCCCUCCUGCCCAUCUCCACCACCGCUCCUGCAGCCUCGGUCACCGUCACAGCAGCUCCUGUGCCCGAGCCCGCUGCUGACCCCGCAGUCACGUCAGAAACUGCCUCCACAAACGAAACCGAAUCGCCAGCCCCCACAGAAACAACACUAUCGUCGUAACCUGGGAGACAAAAUCCCACCUACUAUCAAACCAAAACACACACCCGGUUUUCUCUCUUUCUCCCGUCUGUCUUUCUCUCUGUUUUUCUAUUUAUUUGGCUGAAGGGGACGGACAGACAGCUGCAUUCGGUCACACAGACAGAGGUCAGAGUGCUCCAGGGAAGGCUUGUGUGGAGCGAUGAAGACCGGAGGACGGAUGUAGACUGCUCUUACCAACAUGUCUUUAUUGCCAGAGUGUCUCGGAGUGAUGUUACUUAAAGAGGAGGCAGAGGUCUACUCUUCGCUUUGUGGUUCACUUCACACUUUGUCUUAAGAUUUCCCCUCUCUGUUUCACGUGCUCCUUUUUUUUUAUAUAUAUAUAUAUAUAUCUGACCAGCGUAUGUUAACAGGCCUGGACAUGACAAGGCAUUUACUGAAGUACUACCGACAUAAUGCGUCCCUUAGAAAUACAAAAUCAAUGGCUACAACAAGGUCAGCCAACAUGUCAGGACAAAAAUAUCAAAGUACUGCUGUAUUGAAAACAAAUGUAAACUAAAUAUAAAUCCAUGUCAGAUUUUCUUUCUGUUUGUCCGGUCCUAACAUAUAAUCUUUAUUUUUAGUUAAUAGACCCCCUGACCAAAAUAGUUUGAUUUUUGUAUUGCUUUUUUUGUUCGAAUUACUGUAUGAAAGUCUCCUCCCAAUGAAUGAAUCUGCAUUAUUUUGCACCA